UACGUCAAGUUACUUUUGCUUUAAAGUUAGAUAUUUGUUUUAGAGAGCAUGGUCAGUUGCUUUAUCUAGGAAGUCCCUAGCUAGCCAGUCUGUUGACACUUGCACCGACCACGGCCAUGAGGAGAGGGGCACUAGUGAUCCUAGCCCUGUUGGGGGUGAGCUCUGCCUUGUCCCCAUCCACCUACUUAACUCCUGGGGACAAGGAACGGCUAAAACUGGUUCUGGAGCCUGCUUGGUCCCUCUCAGAUUUAGCGCAGGUUCUCUAUGCUUCUGCUGGCUACAAACACCUGGGUCAACCAAUCCCAAAUGUUCAGGGAGUUUGUAAUUUUGUGAAGAGUUCUGUGAGUGAUGGGGUCACAGUGGAGACCCUCUUUCUUGCCUCCUCAGCAGGCAAGGCCCUUGGCUGCCCCAUUGAGGCAUCAGCAUCAUCAGUGCAGGCUGUGAGUGAGGCUAUCCGGGAAGGAGCAUCAUCACAGGAGCUGUUUCAUGCUGUCACUGCUGCCUCUAACUUGGGGGUAGACUUGGAUGCCGCCAAAGUCCUGCGUGCAACGCAAAUGGCUCUGAAGAAGGAUGACAGUGUUCUCAGUCUUGGGUAUGCCUUCCAUGUAGGAGCCCAGCUUAGGGGGGAAGUGGGCAGCAUCUUUGAGCGCAUUGAGGAUGCAGUGGUGCAGGCUGAUGAAGUGGAUGGCCGUAUGCUUCAGUUUGAAGGAGGACUGUCCAUAACAGCUCUUGUCCUAAGUGGUGCCUAUAAGCUGGCUGAAGCCUCCAACAAGGCUCCUCCAAUAAAGCCUGAUCAAGCUGUUAAAUUUGCCAAUUACCUUAUGUCAAGGAAGUCAGUUCAAAUGUCUAAAGGUGUCUACUAUCUUCUGGAAGCUGUAUCCAUGUUUACAAAUAACAAAUUCCAUGUACCAGUGGCCAUCACCCUUGCCAGCAAUGUUGCUGUCAGUGCUGAAGCACCUCAAGUGCAGGUAAGGGUGACUGAUCUUAAGGGCAACAGCCUGGGGUCCCUUAAGGUGACUGCCAACUCAGCCACUCGGGAGUCGGAUGAAGUGGUCAUAAUAUCCAAGGAGGCACUCACUUCAGUCUCCUCUGCAGAAGGAGUAUAUGAACUGGAUGUGAUGUCACGUGGACCAGACCGUGGCUUCUACCGCCUUGUAGUGAGUGUGGAUGCCCCAGAUACCAGACUUGUGGGCCACACUGCUGCUCAGCUCACCUUCAAGGUUCUUACAGCCAUAGACAUCCAGGGUGUGGAGAUUGGUACUGCAGACUCUGAUCAGUCCACUGCUCCCAACCUAAAAAAAGUUACCUACCCAAAUACUCUUGCUGAAGUGCUGGUGGCUGACCAGCAUCAGCGUGUCAUGCUUCGCUUUGUUGUGCGGGACACUGCUUCAGGGCGCCCCACUGAAGUUCACCAGGCCUUUGUCAAGAUCACUCACAUAGAUUCAAAACGAGAAAUCAUCUUUGUUGCUGAAACUGAUGCCAAUGAUAUUUACAAGUUUGACAUUGAUGUAAGCAACAGCAUGAAGGAAUUUGGAGGAGUAAGUGGAGUUUAUUCAGUGGAGCUCAUCAUUGGGGAUGCUUCAAUUAGCAACCCAACUUUGUGGCACCUGGCUGAUCUCUCACUCACUUUCCCUGAGGCUGCUAGCCCCACCCAGCCCCAAGACUACACCUACAAGAUUCGGCCGGAAAUCAAGCACAUCUUCCGCAGUCCAGACCAGCGACCGUCCAGUGUGGUAUCAAGAACUUUCACUGUGUUGUGUGUGUUGCCAUUGCUGAUACUGUUGAUAGUGUGGGCCAAGCUGGGUGUCAACGUUGCUAACUUCCCAAUCACCUUGUCGGCAUUUGUUUUCCAUGUUGGCCUAGCAGUUAUCCUGGGCUUGUUCUGCUUGUUCUGGCUUCACCUAGACAUGUUCACCACUUUGAGGUACCUCUUCAUGAUUGGCAUUGUCACCUUCUUCAGUGGCAAUACCAUGCUCUCUAGUAUUGCUGCCAAAAGGAAGGAACAGGAGGUGAAGAUGGUGUAUGGUCCAUACUACAAUAGGUCUUACAGAUUUUCCCAGCUGCAGCAGAAAUAACUUGGAUUGGGUGUGGCUGAAGGAAUGCAUGAACCAGCGAUGCAGGCGAGCAUAAAGCUCCACUUCUUGCACAAGACCCGAGUGCUGUAAUUUCAGUGCUAUAUCAAGAGCAUCAACAUUUGGAUUCUUUUUGAAUUUGAAAGUGACAUGGAAAUUACCAAAAAAUGUCUAUGUUGGUAUAUUUAUUGUGGCUUUCCUUAGUUUGCAAGUAAAUUAUAAUUCAUGGUGUUGGUACAUUAUUUUGAAACUGUAUUGGAAGUAUGAAUUUACAUAAAAUGGAGAGAAUGUGUUUAUGUGAAGAGUAACCAGUGUACAUUUACUUAAUAGGAGAUUGCUUUGUUUUUCUGAAGGAUUCUGAUUGUGUUGCAGUGUGUGGUAUGAAUGGACAACUAAGCUUUAUUUCUGAGGCUGUCAGAUAAGGAGCUUCAUUCCACUAGUUUUCAAUGUUAUUCAGUAUGUCAGCCAAUACUUGUUAAUGCUGUGAGAUGAUUUGUUGUAGGGGAAGUGAAGAGACAAAAUAAAAAAAAUAAAAACUGU